AUCCAGUGAGGAGCUCGCAUGUUUGUUUUCGCCAGUUUUCGCAGCUUUUUGCUGGUGGCUUUUGCAGAUUGUGUAGUUUGGUCGUGUGCAUACGAAGUACCGUGCGAGGAGUGUUGGUGCCUGUAUUGAACUUUGUUCGGCCCAGCACAGUUGGCCAUUCAUAUGAAUCGGAUGCUGUGGUGAGAUGGGGGACAGCCAUUGCCCGGACAUCGGGGGUCUGCCUGCACCCCUGGGCCGCCCUUGCAGUCCUGCCGAGGAGACCACCGAGCCGGCUACCUACGGCGAACUCAACCACGUGGGCUGGCUCGCCGAGCACAUUGGCCGCCUCUGCCUGCAGCCCGAGUACAGCGAUGUCACCCUGGUUGUGGAGGAUGUCCGGCUGCCCGCGCACCGGCUUGUGCUGGCUUCCUGCAGCAGUUACUUCCGGGCGCUGCUCUAUGGUGGCAUGCGAGAAUCGAAAGAGCAGGAGGUGACACUACAAGACACACCCCUGCGAGCCUUCCAGCUGCUUCUGCGCUACAUCUACACGGGCCAGCUCAGACUGGCUGGACUGCAGGAGUGCGUGGUGCUGGAGGUGCUAGAGCUGGCGCACCAGUACGGCUUCCUGGAGCUGGAGUCUGGGGUUUCGGCAUACCUGGAACGGGUGCUGGGUGUGCGCAACGUGUGCCGCAUCUACGACCGUGCCUGCCUCUACCAGCUCGCUCCCCUGGCACGAGCCUGCCGACGCUUUGCUGACCGCCAUGCGCCUGCCAUCCUGCUGAGCGACUCGUUCCGCCAACUCUCACCGUCGGUGCUGGAGGAGAUGAUUGGACGCGACUCCUUCUUUGCACCCGAGGUGGACAUCUUCCAGGCGGUCUGUGCCUGGGCCAGUCACAACCCCACUGUAAAUCCUCGAAACAUCCUGGACAAGGUUCGUCUGCCACUGCUGACGGUGCAGGAGCUUCUGAAUGUGGUGCGCCCCACGGGGCUUGUGUGCCCCAACACUCUGCUGGACGCGAUAAAGCUGCGCACCGAGACACGGGACGCUGACCGCCCUUACCGAGGAUGCUUGCUGCCUGGGGAGAAUGUGGCGACCCAACUGCACGGAGCCCAGGUACUGCAGGGGGAGAUGCGCUCUGCACUUCUGGACGGGGACACCCAGACAUACGACAUGGAACGGGGCUUCACACGGCACCCCAUCGAUGGACAGCAGGGAAUCCUGGUUCGUCUGGGGGCCCCCUGCAUCCUCAACCACCUGCGGCUGCUGCUCUGGGACAAGGACAACCGGGCAUACUCGUACUACAUUGAGGUGUCGGUGGACCAGCAGGACUGGGUGCGUGUGGUGGACCACUCUCACUUCCUGUGCCGCUCCUGGCAGAGGCUGUACUUCAAGCCCCGAGUCGUCCAGUACAUCCACAUUGUGGGCACACACAACACGGUCAACCGAGUCUUCCAUGCUGUGUCCCUGGAAUGCAAACACGUUGCCUUGGAAACUGGCGAGGAGGAGGAGCCCUUCCCCAACCUGGAGGAGGGCGUGGUGGUGCCCCAUGAAAACGUGGCCACCGUGGCACGCUCAGCGUAUGUGGUGGAAGGGGUGAGCCGCAGCCGCAACGCGCUUAUCAAUGGCGACACCUCAAAGUACGACUGGGACUCUGGCUACACCUGCCACCAGUUGGGCAACGGUGCCAUUGUGGUGCAGCUGGCACAGCCAUACCGCGUCGACUCCAUGCGGCUCCUGCUGUGGGACUGUGAUUCACGCCAAUACAGCUAUUACGUCGAGGUGUCCGUCGACCAGCAGAACUGGAACAUAGUGGCCGACAAGCGCAAUGAGCUUUGCAGGUCAUGGCAACUUCUGCGCUUCCCUCGACAACCUGUGGUGUUUAUCCGUAUUGUGGGCACCCACAACACUGCAAAUGAGGUUUUCCACUGUGUCCACUUUGAGUGCCCAGCCCAAUGCAUGGAGACACCUGGUGCCACAGCCGCAGCAACAGCUCCGAAGCACUGUAGUGGCACAAGUGAGCGGCGCAGUUCAUCAUCAUCGAGUCAUGACAGCGACGUCUCGCAGCAGAAACUACUUCAGCAUCCAUGAAUAGGGACAGACACAGUGACUGUUUUGGUGAAACAUUGCUUAGCGUAAGAUAUGUGUAUGUACUGAGAAAAUGUGGUCGGGACAGGCACUGUUUCCUUUGACAGUAGCUGUAGAAGCCUGCGAAAUGGCCAUGCAGUUGGCAUGCGCAUUCCGAGCAGUGUAUAUCGAAUAAUGCCAUAUCAAGUGCAGUUUUUCACUACAGAUGAACCCUAGAAAAUUCUCUUUGGGUUUAAGUAAACAAAUUUGUGUAUAAUUGGUACAGAUGGUUUCUAUUUUUUGUGAUUGCUGUGCUGUGAGUCAUCCUCAUGCUAUUGUAGCCCCACUUAUAUCAAAAAUAUUUAUUGCAUUGUUUUGUGGCUCACACUCACAUGCACAGGUUAAUCACUCCUCCGUUGUUUUUGGGAUAGAUGUGAACAGUGAUUAUCCUGUGAACAGUGAUUAUCCUGCCCACCUUUUCUCCGAGCACACAUGUGCUGUCUGCCCUCGCCACCGUUUCCUGAAUAUUAGCACGCAGACUGUGUCAAUGACGUCUUUAGGCGCAUCUUGUUCCGCUCUAACCAUCGUUCUUGGUGGCCCCGUGGCUCGCUUCUCAAGGGCUCUUGUGACAGCUGUGGGGCUCUGUUUCCACCUUGACAUGUGCCCGGCUUUCUGUUUAUCUGUCGCACAUUUCUUUAUUAUUAAGACUGGAUUUACUAAUGAAAAAAGAAUUCAUCUUUGCAGGCUGACAUUUCUCUUUCAAUAACCUGUCACACCUUUCGCAUUUCCAGUGAAAUCACUUCAUUUGUUUUGUCCUGCCAAAGUUUCACUGGAUUAGUUUGUACUCGAAUGGCACAAGAAUGAAUAUGAACACAGUACAGCAUUGUGUAAGUGUGAUCACUUUGGAGUGAGUGAACUACGUUUCUCACACAGUGUGUGUCAAAGCUAGUGCUAGUGACUAACACUGUCACUUGGGUAGUAGUUGCGGGAACGUGACCAUGAGUAUUGGUCACAAAUCCUAGUAUGUCACGUGGUGACCAGGAAGCUCAUUAAAUGGGUACCAAAGUGAAGCUGUGGACACAGCCUUUGAGCACCUUUGCUUAGGUUCUUAUAUGACAGUGAUAUUAUUGUGUAUUAUUGAUAAUAUCACAGUAGCAUCAGUGAUAUCACAUUCAUGUCACAGUGGGCGAAAAAAAAAAAAAGAAUGACUCUAGUGAACAUAGCGACGACAAGUGCUUGUCAUCAAUCUCUUCCAAUGCAUCUAUUUGUUCGCAUGUGCUGUAUUUACCCUCGCAAGACUCGCACUUAUUUUUUUUCAAAAAUCUCAGCAGGGUGGGGCUUUUGUGCGAUACGGUCAUUUUUGACAGCUCACUACAACCAUGAGUGACAGUGCAAAUGAGGUACAGAAUAAUGCAAACAUUGGCUUAUCAUUUGCACUGACACUUAUUCACAGUUCAGCACUGCUGACCAACUUCCCCUUCAUUCUUUGCUGCUCUCAAUGCUGCUCCUAUCAUCACCAAAGCUUAGCCACUCCAUCACUCUCAUGUCACCUUGACAUUACUGGUAUCAUGAUCAUCAUGUCCCUCCCAAAGAUACUUGCCCUCAAUGCUGUUCAUACUUAGCGUUAGAUAUUCCUCUGCAACUUCAGAACCUUUAGCAAUUGUAUCAACUGAUACCGAAUGCCAAGCAUUCACAGUCUAAUCUUUUCUGAAACUUUCUUUUUUUUUUCUUCAAAAUUUGAAGCUUGAAAAUAUGUCAUUGGGCGGGGGGGGGGUGAGCAGGUCUCGCAGGAGGACGUGUCUUAUGGUGCAUACACACUAGCGAAAAAACAUACGCAGUCACAGGCACGACACACAUAACGAAAGCUGCCUCACGGCUGCUUUUUCCUGCUGCGGGAGGGGUCGGCCCUGGACAGAUUUUUCACGGCAUUCAAUGGUGGCAAGUGAGCUUUGAAUGCCGGAGACCAAUGAAAGUGGCCCCUUCAAUGAAGGCACUGGUAAAACUGGUGUCAUGCAGACUUGCCCGACCGCUCAACUCGUACUCAUAUCUGGUUCCAGCCGGACCGCUUGUUUCGUACUGUCUGCUCAUGUCAGCUCUCACUCGCACUUGUUUUGAUUGUCAUGGCUUGAAAUUGUUUUUUACAAUGAUGGUUCUAAACUGAAACCAAGACAUCCCGAAGGAAAUGUUGGAUACAGUGCGCCAUAUCUAAUUCUGUACAAGACGGACCCUGAGUACAAGGAGGCGAUGCCCAGAACCUCAUUCUCCCUGUCUUUUGAAUGUUGCAACGCAUGAACAACAGGGAGCGCACCAGCAUGAUUAUUAUUAGUGGCAACAACAUCGUUAUCUUCAACAUAACUCACGUUAAGGACGAAGAAUGUAAACACAGCACUGAUCUGUCAGAUCUGGAUUCGACACUGAUUUGGCAACGAAGGAAAAAGCACACGACAUUUCGUACAUACACGCAUAGAUAAAGAGAGGAGGCGAGAUUUUCAUACUAUCACGUGACUGCCUCAGCGGCUCACUGCCAGUUAAUGUGGCUGCUCUGCUGCAGCUGCAUUUUGCUGGCGGCAGCGCGCCGUGCGCGUUUUUUCGCUCGUGUGUAUGCACCUUUCCACGAGUAAACAUGAUACCACUCGGUUGAGAUUCAUGACAGUCUCAGUGUGUCAUCAGUGCAUGCACUCAACUGAGAAAAGGCUGGGUCAGGCACAGCUUUGGAAGAACAAAGACGUGUUGUGCAUGAAAUGGGAACCACCAGGGUCACAUUGGCUGGGCAGCAGUUGGACACUGGUGAUGCCUGAAGUGUUCAACGCUAAUAACAAUAAGGAAAGUUUGACAUUUGGCUAUUUGGUGCAGCAAAUUAAAGUUUGCAUGCAAAAAACAACGAAAGGACCAGAUUGGAGCAAAUACAGAAAAGGUGACACUGGGCUAGUUAGUAUUGCAUCACGUAGUGGAAAACAGCAUUAUAAGCAAGCAUUCAGACACAGAAGUCUUGGUUAUAAAUUAGUAGUGUGUUCGAGAAACAAAUAUGUACAAUAAAAUGGCUAGAAGCAAGGAAGAUAGAAGAUAGCCGCCAUCACAAAAAGAACAAAAACGCAUUAAGGCUGUGAGUUUAUCAGGCACCAGAUAUGAGGCAAGAGCUACGGCCUGCUGGCAACUAAUGCACACUGCAUAUAUCAUGAGCAAACUGAAGGUACUUGUAAUCAAAUGCAAUAAAAGUAAGAAUAAAAAGAGCACAUGUAAACAAGUAAUAAAUCAAAGGAGAAAAAAAUAAAUGUAAAAACGACAGUGGUGAAAAAGAGCAUGGUGGGUGACAUUGUGCAUCAAUGUGGCAAAAAAGAUGAGAAAAGUAUACCAAGACAAAAAAAGAUGCUCAUGUCAAUGCACCAACCACUGGCAUGUUCUAAUUGCUAAGGCAUAUUAUUGUAUAUUAUAUUUUCAUUCACUGAAUAAG